CAUCCAACUUCACCAUGCUCGAACCAUCCGAUGUGGAUCUUUCCGACGACGACGUCCAGCAAGUCAUUCGGCGGUACUUUCAAAACGCUACAACUCAAUCAACGGUACAAGCAGCCCGAAUCGAACGAUUCGGUGAAGGAAGCCCGGAUGGCUUCCUAGCGGAUCAUUUUGCACUGAAAGUGAUCGUUAACGUGAACGGAUCUAAGCCGGAAGAGUAUUCAUUCUUCCUUAAGGCCGUCCCGAAAGGGAACAUCAGUCUGGCCAAGUAUCUGGACGAGAUUGGGAGCUUCCGGAAAGAGGUGGCGCUUUGUGAGAAGGUGAUACCUCAAGUUCAACGGUUGAUUACCGAAAGGCAAGUUGUUCCACGGUAUCUGCUUACUAAAAAUGAUCGAUUGAUCGUGAUGGAGAAUCUCAAGAUGAGGGGAUUUGAUAUACUGAAAGGAAACAGCGGACUGAUGGACUAUGCACAUCUGAGAAAGGCUUUGGAGGCGUUGGCUUGGUUCCAUGCGGGGUCGAUGCUGCUCGAGGAGAAGGAAGGACGUGGGCUGAUGGAGUUGUUUCCCGGCGUUCUGACGGAGAAUGCGUGGACGGGAGUAGAAGGCAGUACCCGAACCAGGGACGUCGAAAAUGUGAUCGUUUUGUGGUGCGAAUUUAUGAGGGUUACGGAGCGAGAUUCGUCUAAAUUGGAAGGCAUCCUAGCAAAACUUCCUGAUACGAUAAGAAGUCUGUAUGAAUACGUGAAGUCUUCAAAUAAAUGGAGAAAUGUGUUCAGCCAUGGUGAUCUCUGGAGUAACAACGUGAUGUUCAAAGCUUCGUCGAGCGGAGAACCACAGGAGUGCAUCUUGGUUGAUUUCCAGUUAUCUCGAUACACUCCUCCAGCUUACGACAUUAAUCUGCUCCUAUCGUUGACUACCACUUUCGAGUUCAGAUGUAAACAUAUGAACCUUCUACUCGACGGUUACUACAACACCUUCCUACAAGUGUUGUCUGGAAAAGGAAUCGACGCAUCCACGAUCUACACGAAAGAGUCAUUCUUGGACAGUUGCGAAUACUACCGGCUAGCCGGUCAAAUCCACGGUUGCAUCAUCGGUCCUGAAGUCUUGCUUCCUACGACCUCCAUAGACCAAGUGUUCGCCCUGGCAGUCGAUUGCGCUGGAUUCAUGCCCCUUCCAAAGGUAAACAUUUGCCUGAAUGCGUUCCGAACCGACGAAAGCUAUCGCAUACGAAUGCUGGACAUGGUUCAAGAGUUGCUAUCCUCCGUGCAGCACGACGCAAACAGAUCUCUGCUGGUUGCAGUGAGAGUGCACGGGUUGCCUUGUAGUGCUGUGAUAUCGCUCCUGUGUGGGCAGAGCCUGCGGAUCGGUUACGUCAGGUCUGUGAUAGCAAAUUCAAGGCCACAUCGAAUGAAAUUCCUUCUCCGGGGGAACCUUUCUGGGUCAUCAUUCUUGGGCAAGGUUUGUUCAAUUUCAGGUUCGCUGGCGCGAGGCAAUGGUAGAUGCGAUAACUCACUUUGUACAGUUCCAUCAGUGCGUGUCUCGGCUAAAAACGACUGGCGGAGGACCCGUUUAGGUACUUAUCCAAAAGGUGCAGCUCCAGGGCAUCUUGUUAUCAGUUCGGCAGCAGCUUCCGUACUAGGAACACGUUUCGGCACACGACCGUUAUCGUCCCGUAGCAAAUCUACCACCGCUAUCAUGGUCGAUCCCGUCGCGCUCGGUCUCACGGAAGAGGAUGUCGAGUUGGUUGUGAAGCGUUAUCUUCAAGAGAAGCGCGAUAAAUAUAACGCGAAGUUCCGAGUUCUGUCGUAUCAUGUGAAGCGAUUAAGCGAAGAGCCUAUCGGUUAUCUCGGUGAUCAUUACUUCUUGAAUGUGGUGUUGCGGGAAAAAAUGGUGCAUUAUUCGGCAGAGGAAGAAGAAUACGCGGAGGAAGAAUAUCUCAGCUUCUUUUUGAAAAUUUUACCAGAACAGGUGCCAAAACUGGCAGAUUACGUACGGGAAAUGGGCUGUUUCAGGAAGGAAAUUCAACUCUACACCCACCUUAUACCAAGACUACAGGACGUUACGAUAGGAACGAAACCUUUCGCUCCGAGGGCAUACCUUACAAAAGGCGAAAAACUGCUUGUUUUUGAAAAUCUUAAAGCGGAAGGCUAUCAAAUGUUGGAGAACAAUAAGAGUUUGUUAGAUUUUGCACAUUUGGAAGUAGCACUGAAAACCGUUGCCAAGUUGCAUGCUGCUUCUCUUGUGCUGGAAGAACGCACCAAGCAGCCAAUCAUGAAACUCUACUCCGUUCAUCUGAACGAGAAUGUCUACAUAGAUGACGAUAAAUAUGUCCGCAAAACGAAUCUGGACAAUGCAAUCAAAGCUUUGUGUGAGCUGAUAAAACGUAUUGAUAAAUACAAGAAUUCCGAUAAACUAGAUUUUAUUCUGGAAAAGUUUCCAGAAGUGAUUAGAAAAAUUUACGACUUUGCCCGACCUUCAACAGAGUACAGGAAUGUUUUCAACCAUGGUGAUUUGUGGAACAAUAAUCUAAUGUUUAAAUAUGAAGAACCGGAGAAAACCGCACCGAACAGCGAUCCAGCAGCAGGCGAGAGCGGUGCUGACGGUCAGCCGCAGCAGCAACAACAACAGCUACUGAGUGUUGCUAACGGUGAGAAGCGUCGUCGCAAGCGUUCCGACAUCGUGCGGCCAAAUCCGUUCAACUUUGAGAACACCCCCUUCCACGAGUGCCAAGAGCCGUGGAGUUGCGUCAUGAUAGAUUUCCAAAUUGCCAGGUACUCCCCGCCGGCGUACGAUGUGAUGUCCCUGUUGAACACCACCACGACCCGGGCCUUUCGGGCCGUCUACAUGGAUCGGUUAUCAAAAUUGUACUACGAGUUUCUGCGCAGUGAGUUGGAGUGGCUCCAAAUUGAUGUGGAUGGGGUUUUUCCCGGGGAUCACUACCGGGAAUCCUGCGAGGAGUACAAACUGGCCGGCCUGAUUGAUAGUAUUCUGUUUCGGCAUCUGACGCUGCUUCCGGCUGACCUGGUGUCGAGCUGCAAGGAAUGUCCCGUUCCUGUUUCGUUUGAAAAUUUGAUGGAAAAUUGCAUUUCAGAUAUGGGCAUAAAAGCGUGGGACACUUGUGAAAAUUAUCGAUUCAUGAUGGCGGAUCUGCUGUCCGAUUUGAUUGAUACUUAUAUUCUUGUAAAUUGACACCUCCUAUCUGCUAGUUUCUAAUCGUACAGGCCGUCAACCGAUCCCGACCGCUGGAAUGCUAUUGGACUUUCAACUCUCGCGCUACGCACC